UCAUAAUCGAUUCUUCUAUUACAUCAUGUUGGGUCCAUAUCUUGUGUAUGUUUGACAGUGAACAGUAAACCCAAUUCACUUUUACAAAGCACAGCUAGCCAACUAGUAGUUUGACUUGUAAUUUGUACUGCCUACUUUUGAAAGACGAUUUCUUUAAUCAAAAUGGCACAGCUCUCCCAGAAGGGUGGGCUGUGCAACAUGAAGAUGUUAUUGUUGGCUGUUAUUUUCUGUCUCCUAUCGUUUGUUGCUGCAAAUGUGUUGGUGUCUUCAGAGCACAAGACUUUGAUGCCAGUGAAGGACCACCCUAUUCUGAACAACCCUGAUGCUACAAAAGAGACCAAUUUUAAGUCAUUGCUGGAACAACUUGCGAGUUUACGGGUGAAAGACGAUUCUUCUCCAGAGCACAAGCCAUUGAUGCCAGUGAAGGACCACUCUGUUCAGAACAACCCUGAUAAUACAAAAGAGACCAAUUUUAAGUCAUUGCUGGAACAACUUGCGAGUUUACGGGUGAAAGACGAUUCUUCUCCAGGUAACGUGGGCCAGUUGACAAAAGGAUAUUCCUCAAAAAAUGUCAUAGACCACCCGGACUUUGAUGAGUCCCUGCCCCUGAAUUAUGUUCCAGAGCACAAGCCAUUGAUGCCAGUGAAGGACCACUCUGUUCAGAACAACCCUGAUGCUACAAAAGAGACCAAUUUUAAGUCAUUGCUGGAACAACUUGCGAGUUUACGGGUGAAAGACGAUUCUUCUCCAGGUAACGUGGGCCUGUUGACAAAAGGAUAUUCCUCAAAAAAUGUCAUAGACCACCCGGACUUUGAUGAGUCCCUGCCCCUGAAUUAUGUUCCAGAGCACAAGCCGUUGAUGCCAGUGAAGGACCACUCUGUUCAGAACAACCCUGAUGCUACAAAAGAGACCAAUUUUAAGUCAUUGGUGAAGAGCACCCUGAAGAUCAAACCCAGAGUCAACAUAUUGACUGACCCUUCUUACUCCGAGCCACUUGUGAAGGUGAACCUGAUUUUGGGGCCCGUUUUCUAUAGCUUCAUCGUAAUAGUGGUUCUCUAUGAGGCUGUGAGAAUCUCCAAGGAGGCUAGAAGGCGAUCUGAUGCUAUUGCCACUGCUUGGCUCACUGAGGUUUGCGUCAAUUAAGACUGAGGACUACUUCUUAAACCAAGUGAUAUUGAAUAAAAGCUGCAGAUAUUAAAUCUCCAAAUGAGAUCACAUGGAGACUGCCACCUUUGAAGACUUCCAUUGUUUGUUUAUAAUUUAAUGUCUUUAGAAUAGUAAUAAAAAUACAUUGCAUUUAAAA